AUGGCGGAGUCCUCCAGUUCCGCCGCUGCCUCGGGCCAGGCUCAAAAUGCUUCGAAAGCUACGCCGAAGCCAGCCAAUCCAGCAUUCAGGAUGCUAGGAUUGCCCAACUUCCGUUUCAAGCUUCCAUCUCGGAAUUGGAUGAUCUUUUUCACCAUCACCGGCUCACUUACGGCUGCCAUCGUCUAUGAUCGUCGCGAAAGACGUCGUGUACAACAGAAGUGGUGUGACUUGGUCGCACACCUCUCCAAGGAGACCCUCCCCAUCGAACAAACACGGCGGAAAUUAACGGUAUUUUUGUCCGCGCCGCCGGGCGACGGACUUCGCAUUGCCCGUGAACAUUUUAAGGAAUAUGUGAAGCCGAUAUUAGUCGCGGCAGCUCUAGACUACACAGUCAUCGAAGGCAGAAGGGAGGGCGACGUGCGUGCAGCACUUGCGGAACGAAUCCGCAAGCACCGAAGGAAGGCUGGUGAGCCAAGCUCGGUUGUCGAGGAAAUCGGCAACGAAGACAUCAUCGCCGACGCGAGACAGAAGAUCGGAGUCGUUGAAGAACCGGGUCCAAAGGGUGACCUAGUGAUUGGGCGGCAUACCUGGAAAGAAUACAUCCGGGGUCUUCACGAAGGUUGGCUUGGGCCCCUUGAUCCUUCAAGUCCCCCAGCUGCACCUGUGGAAGGGCCGUCGGUACCUGUCGAAGGCUCAGAGACGCCUGCUGAUGGCACGCCCGCUGAAGAAAACACUGAAAAGAAGGAGGAAGCGGAGAAAAAGGACGACAAACCCGCCAAGCCUAGUGGACCGACACCAGCAUAUAUCUCUCCGGCCGAAUAUUCAUCGCGGAGUCUUCCGCCCACCCUCCCACAGUCCUUGGAAAGCUCCGUCCCCAUCCCUUUCCCACAUUUGCUGGGUUUCUUGAAUACACCAAUCAGACUCUACCGUUACCUGAACCGACGCCAUCUAGCCGAUGAGAUCGGACGGGAAGUCGCCGGCCUUGUCCUCGCCUCGUCCAGCAGACCAUAUCAUGACAGUUCCUUCAGCUCCGACUCCGAACUGAGCGGUGCAAGUGUCGACGCCGGUGCUUCACCUUUCUCUUCACCCGAUGACUUGAUGCCUUCAUCUUCCGCAAAGUACGAACAGCAAACCGUCCUCGAAAAAGAAGAGUCCGAAUGGCACAAAUCAGUGCACAAGCGAGACGAGGAAAACCCUGACAAGGAACGCGAGUGGAUAGAUGAUAUCGUCCUGGACCCACGCAUUGCAUCGCGGAUGCAGCGCUCCCUUCUCUCCGCUGACGAAGAGGCGCGCUCACAACGCAUUACUGAGGGCAAGGAAUACAUUCUCGGACAAGAAAGGCCCGCCCCUGUCUCCUUCUGGCAGCGGAUGUGGAUCAAGUAUGGCUACGGGGAGGAUGAAGAAACCAUCAAGAUGAAGCCCAUCAUUGGCAAUCUUGAUGGAGCGGAUGGCGAAUGA